AGUCUGAGUAAACUCUGGGAGUUGGUGAUGGACAGGGAGGCCUGGCAUUCUGUGGUCCAUGGGGUCACAAAGAGUCGGACAUGACUGAGACUGAACUGAACUGAACAGACUGAAUUUCCUUCCCAUGAUUUAGGUACAGAGGAAGUGUCUUGUCUUCUUCAACUCAAUGAGUUUUGUCUCAAGGACAGAUCACCCACAAGAUGGGAGAAGAGAAAUGUAGAGAUUUUAAGAUUAGGACUCAUCCUUAAAUGGCUCCUCACGUCAGGUUACGGUGCUGCGUGUUUUUAUUCUUAUGUGUGUGAACUUUUGUUAGAAGGAACCCAAAGCUUCCUAGAAUAUAAAUACCAAGUACAACUUUCACCUGGAACACAAACCCCUCAGUAUCCUUUAACUUCCCUUUUCUGCCCGCCUGUCUACAUCAUAGGCUUCCUGGAUCAAAAAACUGUGAAGAACAAGGACUUCAGUCUUAUUCUUAAAGAGCAUCACCAGGCUUCCUGGGCACUGAGUUCCAGGGCUUCAUCUCCUUCCCUCAGGUUAAGCCGUUGCACUGUACUCAGAGGAGCUUGGUUAACAGAGUAAAAGUAGGAACCUCCCCAACCACUGAGCAGGGGACAGACCCCUCACGUAGCACAGCCCACAGCGCAGGACCUGUGUUUAUGGGCCCUAGUACAGGGGGAGAUGGUGAGUGCAUGUCAGUGAUGAAGGGCUGAAAAGCAGGAGGCUGAAAGGGCAAAUCCACAUUUUUAGAGAAGAAAACACAGGGGCAGAAAUCCAAACAACAAGAGCCCCAAAUUCCACGGGUGUGUCAUCAGAGCACACUCCAUCCAGUCGGCAGUCUUUUCUCCCACAGCCGAUCAUCAUCACCCCAACAUCGAGGGCAUCCCGACCGUCUAGUGAAGCACUGAAGAGAUUGCUUUGAGUUUUCCGAUGGCUGGAGAUGAAUUUUGCAACGUUCCAGGGCUCUGUGUGUGCUGGGAAGGAGCCGGCAUCUGGGUGGGGAAGUCUACCCUCAUGCCCUGAGACGUGACUGAUGCCAAGAAAUGAAAUCGCCGAGCCUUUGAAAGGCUUCCAAGAACGUCGGCAUGUACUGCCUACCCGCUCCCCACCGAAUGCCUACUUUGGCUGUCUGCUCAGUACUGAAAGUGCCAGACGGGCCUUCACACAAAGAGAGAAAGUGUCUGGGGCCCAUGAAAGGGGAGGGCAGAGCCUUUCCGAUGGGAAUGGUGAGAUUCAAGGAGGAGCAAAUAAAGUGGCGGGGUGAGGAGGGGCCCUCAGGAAAGGUGGGAAUAAAGCACCAGAGAGGACGGGGCGGCCUCUACCUGCCCACGUGGGGCAACCUCUUUGGAGCUCCACACGCUCGGGUCUGGAGGUGUGGGCCACCCGUCACUGCACUCGCACGGGAUUAUCAUGGAAACAUCCCCCGCUUGUAGAGUCUCCCUGUAUCCAAGGACCUCUUGAUCAACUGAGAGGAAGAAUUGUUAAGGCCUGCUAAGGCAGAGAUCAGCGUACUUCUGUUUCCAUUUUAACACUGGAUAUAAACGCCAUUUAUGCUGUUUGUCUUGGGGGGUGUUCUUUGACUCUCUUUACCUCCAAUAUACUUAAAAAAAAAAAACAAAACGAAAUGUCUGUUGUAGUCCAUUUGAAUAUCUUGGAAUAUAUUCUUCCUUCGGCUGGGUUGAAGCAAGGAAGAAAAAUGCUUUGUAGAGUGAACUGCUCUCCAGCUCCUUCACCAAGCUCCUUGUAAUUCCCGUGGCACAGCCUCUGCUGCUGGAACAUAGCACUCGGUGGUGUUCGGAGCUUUUCCGAGGAGGCGGUCUGAUGUCAUUGGUGGCAGACACAAAUCUUAUGGCCCGAGCCUUGUACGACAAUGUCCCGGAGUGUGCCGAGGAGCUGGCUUUCCGCAAGGGAGACAUCCUGACUGUCAUCGAGCAGAACACAGGAGGACUGGAGGGAUGGUGGCUCUGCUCCUUACACGGCCGGCAGGGCAUUGUCCCCGGCAACCGGGUGAAGCUUCUGAUUGGCCCGGUGCAGGAGACCUCCUCCAAUCAAGACCUGCCCGCUUCGGGACUGGGGCCGCCGCCGUUUGUCCAACAGAAGCUCUAUCAAAUACCAAACCCACAGGGCGCCCCUCGAGACACCAUCUACCAAGUGCCUCCUUCCUACCAAAAUCAGGGAAUUUACCAAGUCCCCACCGGCCAUGGGACCCAGGAACAAGAUGUGUAUCAAGUGCCACCCUCAGGGCAGAGAGGCGCUGGGGGCGCUAACGGUCCCCACCUAAGUAAAAAGGUGAUCACGCCGGUGAGGACAAGCCACGGCUAUGUGUACGAGUACCCGACCAGAUACCAAAAGGACGUCUAUGAUGUCCCUCCUUUCCAGACAGCUCACGGGGUGUAUGACAUCCCGCCGUCCUCUGUGAAGGUUCCCGUGUUUUCUGUCCCUGUGGGAGAGAUAAAGCCUCAAGGGGUCUAUGACAUCCCUCCUACCAAAGGGGGAUACUCCACUCCACCCUCCGGCUACAGAGACGAGGCCGGGCUCCGGGAGAAAGAGUACGACUUUCCGCCUCCAAUGAGACAAGCGGGCAGGCCCGAGGGCGUCUAUGACAUCCCCCCAACGGGCGCCAAGCCCCUGGGGAAGGACCUGCACCCUAAGGACAACAGCGACGCCCCCCGAGCUGCCGAGCUGGCCCCGCGGAGACACGGGGGCACGUCCCUGACCCAGCCGGCCCCCCAGCCGGGCCCACCCGUGGGCUCCCAGAACAAUGAUGCCUACGACAUCCCCCGGGGCAUCCAGUUUCUGGAAGCGCCAGCAGAGACCAGCGAGAAGGCCAGCCUGGAAGAGAGGGACGGGGUGUACGACGUGCCGCUGCAUCAGCCGCCGGAAGCCAAGGGCCCCGUGGACGUGGUGGACGGCAUCAACCGGCUGUCCUUCUCCAGCACUGGCAGCACGCGGAGCACCAUGUCCACGUCCUCCACCACCUCCAAGGAGUCCUCGCUGUCCACCUCCCCGGCGCAGGACAGAAGGCUCUUCCUGGACCCUGACGCGGCCCUCGAGCGGCUGCUCCGGCUGCAGCAAGCCCUGGACGGGGCCGUCUCCAGCCUGAUGGCGCUGGUCACCACCGACUGGCGGAGCUACGGCUACAUGGAGCGGCACGUCAACGGGGUCCGCGCCGCCGUGGACAGGGUGGAGCUGGCCCUCAGGGACUACCUGCACUUCGCGCAGGGCGCCGCGGCGAAUGCCGCCUGCCUCCCCGAGCUCGUCCUCCACCACAAGGUGAAGCGCGAGCUCCAGAGGCUGGAGGACUCCCACCAGAUCCUGGGCCAGACCAGCCACGAGCUGAGUGAGUGCGGCUGGUCCCUGAACGUGCUGGCCGUCCACAAGCCCCACAACAAGUGGGACAGCCUGGACCGCUUCGUGAUGGUGGCCAAGACGGUGCCGGACGACGCCAAGCAGCUCACCACAACCAUCAGCACCAAUGCAGAGGCCCUCUUCAGACCCGGCCCCGGGAAGGGCGGGCCGGAGAGCAUCGCAAACUCCACCGAGUACCCGCCCACCGGCUCCCCGGGGCAGCUGCUGCCCCCUGGGGACCACAAGGCCCCCGCCCUCAACAAGCCACUGCCCCCCAGCCUGGGCAAGGAGCAGCCCCCUGACUGUAGCAGCAGCGAUGACUCUGAAAGGAGCUGGAUGGAUGACUACGACUAUGUGCACCUGCAGGGGAAGGAGGAGUUCGAGAGGCAACAGAAAGAGCUCUUGGAAAAAGAAAAUAUCAUCAAACAGAAUAAGAUGCAGCUGGAACAUCAUCAGCUGAGUCAGUUCCAGCUACUGGAACAAGAAAUCACAAAGCCCGUGGAGAACGACAUCUCCAAGUGGAAGCCGUCCCAGAGCCUCCCGACCACCAGCAGCGGCGUGAGCGCGCAGGACCGGCAGCUGCUAUGCUUCUACUAUGACCAGUGCGAGACCCACUACAUCUCCCUGCUCAACGCCAUCGACGCGCUCUUCAGCUGCCUCAGCUCAGCACAGCCCCCAAGGAUCUUCGUGGCCCACAGCAAGUUUGUCAUUCUCAGCGCCCACAAACUGGUGUUCAUUGGAGACACGCUGACCCGGCAGGUGGCCGCCCAGGACGUUCGCAACAAAGUGAUGAACUCCAGCAACCAGCUGUGCGAGCAGCUCAAGACUAUAGUUUUGGCCACCAAGACGGCCGCACUCCACUACCCCAGUACCCCCGCCCUGCAGGAGAUGGUCCACCAGGUGACCGACCUGUCCAGGAAUGCACAGCUCUUCAAGUGCUCUCUGCUGGAGAUGGCCACGUUCUGAAUGGAGAAGCAGGAAAGGGUGCACUGCCUUGGGUUACUGAGGAAAACUGGAAAAUACUCUCUGGUUUUUGUAAAUCUUAUCUAUUUUUGUAGAUACUUUGUAUAAAAGUGAAAGACUUUAACAUUUCAUGGGUUAGAUGGCAUUCAGAAAUUCAGGGAACUCCGGGGGGAGGGGGGGUGGUGUGCAGCAUUUUUUCCCCCCCUGUGUUGUUCUUAUGUACACAUAUAAGCAUCUGAGACACAAACUGUACAGAAUCUUAUCCACGUGUGUAUGACUACAUGUUCAUGUUCGUUUGUAGAUGUUUGUCUGAUACAUUCCAUUAAGAAUCAUGAGUUAAGAAGCACCUUAGGAAGCACCUCCCAAUGCUGCAUUUUCUUUUUAGAAAAACCUACCAGCUGGUUGUAAUAUUGCUCUGUAUAUACUCGUGAUGGUUCCGAGCCCGUCACUCCCAAGUCUGAGACACACAGUACCGUGUAUUUGCAAAUGUUCCCCUUCCAUAAGGAGGCGGGUUAACACCCUGUUUUCCUUUUUGAAAGCCCUUCCAAAAUUGGCCAUGUCGGGCACGUUAUUGCAAGAUGCCUCACUUCUGGUUGAAAAAAAACCCUCUUAGAAAGUUUCAGAAAGUAUUGAUAUAUCUUAACCCAAACUCCGACGCAUUAGGUGCCAGAGGAGAGACACAUGUGUUUUGAGGCCGUGUCCUGAUUAGCGCUGGGUUGUUUCAACACAGAGAGGACGCUGUCCCAAUAAAAGGAGACCAUGUGUUCCCCAAAGAUUUUCUUUUAUGGCCCCACCAUGUGGCAUGUGGGAUCUUAGUUUCCAGACCAGGGAUAGAACCCAGGCCCCCUGCAUUGGGAGUUCAGAGUCUUUAACCACUGGACCACCAAGGAAGUCCAUCCCCAGGGCUUUUUGAUCAUCGGCAUUUAUGAAUAAUCUGGCCAUGAGAUUUUCCAAAGGAUGUUUUCAGAUUUGCAAAAAAAGCAUAUUGUUUACAGCAGGAAUUCCUAAAGACACACUGGACAAUGAUCAUCCACAGAAGAAGAACGGUUCCACCUGAGUUGUAAGCGGAGGCCUUUCUGACUCUCAUCAUUCUCUUAGGUGCUGCUGUCCCUGGUACCUGAGGGAAGCUGGCCAGUUCCUCAAUCCCCUAAAGGUUAGAGCCGCCAGGCCGCAUCUUAUUCUUAAGAGAAGUUGUGGCUUGAUCCUGUACCCUCCCUAAAACGUGCACAUGCAGACCCGGCGCUCAGAGCAGCUGUCUGGAGCCCAUCUAGGCUUUACAGCUCUGUCUGUCCAAUGACCCCAUGUACAGCUCAUUCACCGUCCCCCCGCUCAGCAUAGCAUCCAUUCCACAGUCUGUCCUCCGGUACAUGCUGGGGUUGGCACAGCACAAACACAUCACAAGCCAUCGGAUUCAUCACGGGGCAGAUGAAACCCUUCCAACCCAAUGGGUAAAUGUAUUCACAUAUCACCAAGUCAAGAAGCAAGUUAUUUAUGGUUUAUGAGUCCAGUUUUUAUUUAAUGAUCCCAUUCCAGUCAAUUGGAAAAUGUUUGAUUUGCAAUAUAUGCUUUGACUUAAUUAAGCUUGCUUGUUUUAGACAACCAAAUUAUUGGAACAGGAAAGGAUUUAGGAGAGAAGGAUAUACGAUCUAAGUGGGAUUAAAGAAAAAAAUAAAAAUCAGUGAGACUUACCCAGGAGGUGCUUUUCAGAGCAAUCGCUGUUGUAGCUCUCAACGUUCUAUUCUGCCAAAAGAAGUCGGGUUGCUGUAGGACAAGCAAGUGUGUGCGGAGGAAGGGGGUUGCUGAAAAUCAGCAAUGAGUUUGAAAAAGUGUCCUUGUAGAUUUCAUUGUAUAAUGUGUAUUUCUUAGGAGAUGACUUGUUCUAUGCUAAGAGGUGACAUUUCAUGUUUUCAAAACCAAAAUGUUCAAUCUGUAUUAAUCUCUUUCCCGUACUGUAUGUAGAGGCUGUUUUUAAAUCAUUAAAAUUUUGGAUGUCUGUUUUCAUA